AUGGAGAGCAAGAACUACCAAGAGAAGGGCAGACAGAUUCUUCUCACCACUAGGCUUCAGGAGGUCUCUGGUAAAAUUUCUGAAAUAUCUAGUUUACUUCAUGAGAUACAGCCGCUCGGGCUGGAGCACAGCUGGCAGUUGCUCUGUUAUCUUACCUUCGGUGAUAUGCUGAAAAAUGAUAAUGAUGAUGUUACAUUGCCAUGCCCUCCUCACUUUAAGGCAAUUGGAAGAUCGAUCGCCGAGAAAUGUAAAGGUCUUCCUCUGUCACUGGUUGUGGUUGGUGGUCUUCUCAUUCAGGAGACAGAAAAGAUACUGCUGAUGCUGCUGCAAUGGGGGAGGGUUCCUACUUGGAGAUCUUGGCUAUAG